AGAAACCAUACAGAUAGCAGACAAAUAGUUCCUAUAAAACUUUCCUAUCUUUGUAUAAGUUUUAGUUAGCGUUACCGAUCGGACAGAAAGUUAGCACAUCACCGUAAGACUUGACAUGGGGUCUGCUAGGAAGAGACCCACAGCUAAGAGUAACGAAAAAGAAGAGAAUAAUGGAGUUAAACCUAUGAGGAAUAAACAAACUACACAUAAUGCAAGAAAACCUAGAAUAAGUCCUACGAUAUAUGCAAUCUUUCUCUUCCUUAUCAUCAUUUUUAGCGUUGUUGUUUAUGUUACAUUUUUCAGUGACUCCAAGUCAGGACUUGGUAAGUAUUAAAAAUUCAAUUCUUUAAUAUCAACCAGAUACCAAUGUAUAUAAAUAUUACAAGCAGAUACUUAUUAACGUAUCAGGUAUUUUAAACAUCUGAUUAUUCAAUUUGUGUACGUACUUUUACCAUCUUAUAUCUGGAUGUUAACAAAAAAAAUAUGGAUUAGCACAUCCAAAUGUGUUCAUUGCUUUACGAUUUACAUGAUUAAAAAUAUACAUUCCAUAGUUUUACGAAGCGGCAUAUGAUUCUUGUCGCCACCUAUAUAUGGCAAAUGACACGUUAUUUUCUCUGUGAAACAGAUAAAUAUUUAUAUUCGCAUCCGUCAUCCUCCUCCUCCUCCUCCUCCUCUUCUUCUUCUUCUUCUUCUUCUUCUUCUUCUUCUUCCUCUUCAUCUAUUAAUAAUAAUAAUAAUAAAAAUUCUAAGGAUUCAAAAGACACUAAACGUUCAUUGGAAACAAAGGGAAAGCCACAAAAAGUAUACAAGUUUGCCGAUAUCACUAAUAAAGAGGAUAACAAGAUUAGAAAUCUUCUUGAUGAUGCUGAUAAAUUACUAAGUGACGGCAAUAUCGAAGAAGCUAAUAAGAAAUUUGAUUCUCUCCUUAUGAAGUAUCCAAGUAGUCCCAGAGCUAACUAUGGCAAAGCCUAUUCUCUAGAUUUGUUAUCUGAGAAAAAACAGAGUAAUACUUUAUUGGAAGCAUCAAUAUCAGCUUAUUCAAAAAUAUUAGACUUAGAUGAUGUACCAUCGGUAUUAUUAUUAAAAGCAGGUCUGAGAUUGUCCAAUAGACAAGAGUUCCGUGGUUGGUCUAUAAAAUCUGUUGUUACAAUGAAAAAGUUAAUUCAAAAAUUUCCGGAUAAAUUGGCGCUCAGAAAUAAAUUGGGUAUAGGCUAUAUGAUGAGUGGGAAAAUUGAAGAAGCAAGAGAGGUUUUCAAAGGUAUUUUGCUAAAGGACCCUAACGAUGGAUGUGCUCUUGUUCAUUACGGAUUCAUUUUGAAAACAACCGAUAGAAAUCCCAAUGAGUCUAUAUCAUAUUUACAAAAAGGAAUAGCCAGUAACGAUCCGGAAACCCAGCAUGGACGGUUUUACUUUCAUCUUGGUGACGCUCUUUACAGAGUCAAUCGGAUGGAAGAGGGCAUGAAAGUCUACGAAGAAGGGGCAAAAAAAAAUAUUUUCCUCUCCAAGUGGCAGCGUUCACUUUAUAACGUAGAUCGUCUGACUGGUAGACCAUGGUGGACAUUGGAACAAACAGGUGUAGCCAAACAGCUUGAUCAUAUAGCCAAAAAUUGGAAAACUAUACGAGACGAGGCUGUAAGUCAAAUGAAUACUAACUCUAAUCUUUUCGAAAAAGAAGACGAGGAUUUAACAGAUACAGGUGAAUGGCACCAAUUAACUCUUUUUCAAAGAGGUAAAGAGGUUUCAAAAAAUUGUAAAAGAACACCCAAAACCUGUGCUCUAUUUUCCGAGUUUUCUGCUGCCACCACGUGUAAAAGAGGUCAAAUCAAGUUCUCUAUUAUGAAGCCUGGGGUCCACGUUCACCCUCACACUGGCCCAACCAAUUGCCGACUUCGUGCUCAUUUAGGUCUUAUUAUACCCGAAGGACCCAAGAUAAGAGUUCAAGACUCUAUUCGAGGUUGGAAAGAAGGUGACUGGAUCGUAUUCGAUGACUCAUUCGAACACGAAGUUUGGCAAAAUGGAACCAGCUUAAGAAUGGUCCUAAUUGUUGACUUUUGGCAUCCAGAAUUAACAUUGAACGAAAAAAAAGUGCUAUCUCCAAUAUAACUUUUUCUCAAGUGUUAAGCCCAUCACAUUGCUCGAAUUCUUUCUUCUCCAUUGUUUAGUUGUCAAAAUUGAAAUCACUAUAUAAGAAAUUUGAAAAUUCUUUGUCACAAAUUUACAUAUAAAAAUGAAAUGUAUAGUGGCUUAUUAGAUAGCUAUUACUAAUAGUAUAAUCCUAAAAACCAUAACAAAAUAAAUAGCGCUAACUG